UCUCAUCCUGUAAAUAGUUCUUGCCAACUUAAGGAACUCUAAAUUUCAAUCUAAUUCACCAGCUCAAGCUCUCCUAAAUGCUACUCUUUUCUUUGUUGGUGGAUCUGGGCAAGAUUCUGCUCCUUCCUAGCUGCAGAGUUUCCCGUUAGAUAUAACUUGUAUAGAGCAAGGAGUUGUUUUCAUUUAAUGGAGAAUGGAAGGCUAAAACGAUUUUUCGUGUAUUCAUUUAUUUGCAGUUGGUCAGCAAAGGACACCUCACCAGUCCUGUCCAUCUUGUUUGCAACCCAGGAGAUCACCCGGUAUCUUAAGCAUUUAGCCAAUGUCACCCUGGGCUAUAGCAUCUAUGAGGCCGCUUAUGAUGUCAGGACAACUGCCGAUGCCAUGCUAGACAGUAUUCCAAACUACAGCUGUGGAAGACAGAAUAACGUGUUGGCUGUUUUUGAAGCAACUUCUUCUGAAAUCCCCAGCCAGAUUUCAAGCAUGUUGGGCAUCUACAAAAUGCCCCAGAUCAGUUUUGGCUCAGCUGCUCAUGAUCUGAGUGACAAAACCCAGUUCCCUUUUAUCUACCGGAUAGUCCCCAAAGAAGAAACCCAGUACAUGGGGAUUGUCAAGUUGUUGCUAUAUUUUGGGUGGACGUGGAUCGGUCUCUUUGUUCCAGACAAUGACAAUGGAGAAAGGUUCCUAAGAGCCUUCACCCUUCUGCUGAUCCGGAGUGAGAUUUGUGUUGCUUUCUUGGAAAAAAUUAAUCUUCUGAAACUCUCAUACUUGCAUGUUAAUGUAUCUGCCUUGAGACAAGUCAAGGUGUUUGUUUAUUAUGGGGACUCUGAGCACAGAAUUUAUCCAAUCAUGAUGUUACAAAGAAUUCAUGAAGUGAGGAAAUCUCAGGGGAUAGUCUGGAUCACAACAGAUCUUCUGGACAUUGAUGAGAUGUUGUUUGGUGGCACAGAUUACUUCCAGCCUGCCCAAGGUUCUUUGUCCUUUGUAAUGAAUACAAAAAAACGGACAGAACAUGGCUACUAUACUCGACUUUCAUUUGAAGCUACAGCUGCAGCUGCAGAGUUUUGGUCAAGAGCAUACAGUUGUACAUGUUCAAACAAUGUGCUAUCCGUGGAGGGUUGGACAAAAUGCACAGAAAAGGAAACAUUGGAAACUUUGUCCCAGAAGGAGAUGGGGGCAAUCUGGUCUCAAGACCGCUACAGCACUUACUACGGCAUCCAGUUUGUGGCCCAGGCCUUAAAUGUCGCAUAUUCAUCCAGAUCCAAAUGGAUGUUAAUGGCGAGUGGAGGAGACAGAUUGGAACUUCAAAGGUUGCAGCCAUGGAAGCUUCACACUUUCUUGAAAGAAAUCUGGAUUUCGAAUUCAUCCAUAGGAGGGAUGUAUUCUGAUCAGAAUGGGGAGCUGACUGCCAACUUUGAUAUCGUGAACUGGGUCGUAUUUCCCAAUAGAUCUCACAGCAGAAAGAAUGUUGGGGGCAUCGAGGGACAGGCAUCCUCCGACACAAAAUUCUCCAUUAAACCAGGAGCCAUUGUUUGGCCUGGGAACUUCAGCAAGGUCGUGCCUCGUUCAAGAUGCACUGAAAGUUGUCGCCCUGGAUAUGCCAGAGUGGCUAAAGAAGGGGAGGCCGUUUGCUGCUAUGAUUGUGCUCCUUGCGCGGAAGGGACAAUCUCCGUUCAGGAAGAUGCAAAGCAUUGCACCAGAUGCCCAGAAGAUCAGCAUGCAAAUCAAGCAAGAGACAAAUGUGUCCCCAAGACUAUAACAUUUCUCACUUAUGAAGAACCCUUGGGCAUCGUCCUGGUGUCCUUUGCCCUCUUCUUGUCCUUGACCACUGGCAUUGUGAAAGGAAUCUUCAUUAAAUACAAGGAAACUCCCAUAGUCAAAGCUAACAAUCGGGACUUAUCCUAUAUCCUCCUCAUCUCCCUCCUGCUUUCCUUUUUGUCCUCCUUCCUGUUCAUCGGCCAGCCAAGGAAAGUGACCUGCCUUCUCCGACAAACAGCCUUCAGCAUCAUCUUCUCGGUUGCCGUCUCUUCUGUUUUGGCAAAAACCAUCACUGUGGAGAUCACCCGGCAUCUUAAGCAUUUAGCCAAUGUCACCCUGGGCUAUAGCAUCUAUGAGGCCGCUUUUGAUGUCAGGACAACUGCUGAUGCCAUGCUAGACAGUAUUCCAAACUACAGCUGCGGAAGAAAGAAUAACGUGUUGGCUGUUUUUGAAGCAACUUCUUCUGAAAUCACCCACCAAAUUUCAAGCAUGUUGGGCAUCUACAAAAUGCCCCAGAUGUCUGACAGCUAA